AUGACCAACUGGAAGUCGAAGAACUUCGUGGCCCUUCUUGGUUGCGACACCGUUUGUCGAUCAGAUGGUACAUCUGCUGUUGGAGCAGAUCUAGAUACCUUGCCACGAGGAAGAAAAGAUUCUGAAGUACUCAAUAAUUAUCGCAUAGAACUGCUAGAGAAUGACUACUGUGUCACUGUGCUUACUUUAGACUGCAAUUAUAACACUGUGUCGAGUACUGAGCCUACUGUGUCGAACCCCGAACUUACAAGAUAUAACAUUGGCGACGAGGAUAUGGCGCAGUCAAGAGUCCUAGGAAAACUGGCUGAGUUUCAAGCUGGAACAGACAGCGUAGACAAAUAUUUCGACCGAUUUAAGUUGUAUUGCACCGCAAACGACGUAGCUGACAACGACAAGCAGCGGGCAAUAUUCUUAACUACGGUUGGUGCAACGACAUACAGGCUGUUAUGCAACCUAACGAGACCGGAGAAGCCGCAGGACAAGACGCUUGAUGAACUAACUGAACUCAUGAAGAACCACUGCGAACCCAAGACCAUCGUCAUCGCAGAAAGAUACCGAUUUUAUAAGCGAGUCCAGAAGGAAGGCGAAAACGUUGCCUCCUAUCUUGCGGAACUACGACGAUUGUCAAAGAAAUGCGACUUCCGGUACUAUCUCGAUACAGCGCUGAGAGGUCAGUUUGUCUGCGGGCUUUACUUCGAAGCGGCGCAACAGAAAAUGUUGGCCGAGUCCGAGCUGGGACUCGAUAAAGCAAUUUCGAUGGCUCAGGCGUACGAAUCUGCAAGACGUGAGACGCAGUCAUUACGUGGUGAGACACCACGGGGUCAAAAGGAGACGAUGUUUAGUCUCAAAAGCAGCAGUAGCCAAUCACAACGAACGACCGCAACAGAGAAGGAAUGUCAGCGAUGCGAUGGGCGAGGACACACUUCUGACAAGUGCAGAUUCCGAACGUAUACGUGCAGGUUUUGCAACGUAAAAGGCCACAUCGCAAAGGCAUGUCGCAAGGAAAAGCAAAACGAAAAGGAAACGCUCCCAAGGCAUGCGAAAGGCGGACAACGAACGCACCACAUCGAGGAAGCGGAGGUGAGUACUAUUCACACGUUGUCGGAUACUAAGGGCGGUCCUAAAGUAACAUUAGAAGUGGCGGGGAGUGACCUAGAGUUAGAUGUGGAUACUGGAGCAUCUGUGACCGUGCUACCGCACCAUGUUUACAUGGGCGAGGCAACCGUGCCAGUUCGAUACGGUGAUCAACACACAAUGGGACGAAUGUUGCUCGUUCAUGCACCUUCAAAGCCCCCUGUAUUGGGAAGGAAUUGGCUCCAGUCGAUAAAAUUAGACUGGCAGUCUCUGUUUAUGGUGCAAGACAACCCACCUGACGUGAUUUCUGAAUUUGGUGAGUUAUUCCAAUCAGACAUGGGAACAUUACGCGGAUACCAAGCGAAUAUCACGCUACAGAAGGGUGCAAUUCCUCGAUUUCACAUACCAAGACCCGUGCCAUACGCUUUACAGAAGAAGGUCGAGGAGGAAUUGAGCAGACUUCAGAAUGAAGGAAUAUUAACACCGGUAGAUCAUAGUGAUUGGGCAGCACUCAUAGCCGCUGUAAGACGGGGAGAGGGAUCUCUAAGGAUCUGCGGUGACUACAAAGUGACAGUCAACCCGUAUUUGGAGAUGAGUACAUACCCGUUACCAAAUCCACAGGACCUAUUUGGCACGUUAGCUGGGGGUAGAUACUUCUCAAAGCUAGACAUGAAACAGGCUUACUUACAAAUGAAAGUAUCACCUCAGAGCCAAAAGUAUUUGACUAUCAAUACGUCAAAAGGCCUCUUUGCAUAUACUCGUAUGCCAUUCGGAAUCAGUUCCGCGCCAGCUAUACGACAACGUGCAAUGGACGGAAUCUUAGCCGGAAUUUCCGGAGUAGGCUGUUUUUUAGACGACAUUUUGAUCGUGGGGAAAACAGCAGCAGAGCACGAUGACCGUCUACGUAUGAUUCUGGGAAGAUUGAGAGACCUCGGGCACGUCAUUGACAGCCAAGGACUGAGACCGUCCGAAAGCAAACUGACAGCAAUAUGCGAAGCACCGGAACCGUCGAAUGUGACCCAGCUGAAGGCCUACCUUGGUCUUCUCAACUAUUAUAACAGAUUCUUGCCCAAUCUCUCCACGAUUUUACAGCCACUGCAUGACUUACUGAAGAAGAAUCGGCAGUGGACUUGGCAAGUGGAACAACGAAGGGCUUUCAAAGCAUCAAAGAAGAAACUGUUGUAUUCAGGUUUUCUUACUCACUAUGACCUAGAGAAACGUGUAAAAGUGAAGUGUGACGCAUCACCUUACGGUAUCGAAGCUUGUCUCUCACACGUAAUGGACGACGAAAGCGUGCAACCUGUCGCUUUCGCCUCUCGAACACUGUCACCAACUGAGCAGAAUUAUGCCCAGAUUGAUCGUGAAGUAACUGAUCACCGCUCGUUGGUCAAGAUAUUUGAACCCAAGGAAGGAGUACCAUCGCUUGCUGCCGCCCGACUCCAGCGAGUUACAAAUGCAGAAGCGGACAUGUUGUCCCGCUUGCUGAUAGCUGUAAAUGUGAUUGACCACGAUGAACAGUUGUACCGAAUUGAUUAUUGUGAGAUGUUACCCGUAACAGCGGAAGACGUGGCCAGGGAGACCAAGAAGGACCCUGUACUGAAACGAGUGUAUGAACAUGCACUUAGGGGAUGGCCGAAACACGGUGAGACCGAAUUACAGCCGUAUCAACGAAGAGCCGACCAGUUCACUAUCGUUGAAGACUGUUUAUUGUGGGGUAGUCGAGUUAUUAUUCCACACACAUUACGCACUAUGGUACUGAACGAGCUCCAUGAAGACCACGUUGGAGCUAGCCGCAUGAAGGCUAUAGCAAGAGGGUUUGUCUGGUGGCCUUGUCUUGACAAGGAUAUCGAAGAUACCGUUAGGGCGUGUCAAGACACCAGACAUAGACCAGUGCAAACUCAUUCCCACCCGUGGAUUUACCCCGAUGCACCAUGGAGACGGCUACACGCGGACUUUGCGAAGUCAGUGGAAAACAAUAUUUAG